AUGAAAACCGUAGCGCUCCUCGGAGGCAUGACCUACGAAGCCUCAGCCGUAUACUACAAAGUCAUCAACGACCACAUCCGCCAACGCCUCGGCGGAAGAUUCUCUGCUCCCUUACUCCUCCACUCCUUCAACUUCCAGCCACUCCUGGAACACAUGAACCAAGGCCGAUGGGACAGCGUCGUCGAGAUAUUCGCAUCCGCGCUCUCUCACAUGAAAGCCGCAGGCGCAGAGGCUUUCGUCAUCUGCGCGAACUACCCGCACAAAGUCGCCGAGCGGGUUUCUGAACUGAGCAGCCUGGAAUUCCUUCACAUCGCGGAUUUCACGGCGGAGGAGAUUCUGCGGAAGGGGCAGCGGAGGAUUGGACUUCUUGGGACGAGGAUGGUGAUGGAGGAGGGGUAUAUCAAGGACCGCAUGAGGGAUAAGUUUGGUGUGGAAGUUCUUGUGCCGGAGGAUCAAGAAACACGAGACAGAGUCCACUCUGAGUUGAUGGAUAAUCUGCCGAGUGGGAGGGUGUCGAGUGAGCUGAGGGAGAUUCUUAUUGGGUCUGCGCGGAGGAUGGUCGAGCAGGGGGCGCAGGGCAUUGUUCUGGGAAGCACCGAUUUGGCGUUCGCGUUGAAGCCGGAGGAUUUGGAUGUGGUGUUGUUCGAUACGAAUGUGUUGCAUGCUAAAGGGGUUGCUGAGUGGAUGAUCGAGGCCACGGACGUUGACUAG